CCUCGUUCACCUUCUCUAUAAGCCCAAAACCCUUUCUCAUCGUUCUCUUAUCUUCUUCUUCUACACAGAAUCACCUCACCUCACACAAAGCCACGCUCCAGUUCCUUAGGCUUUUGUCUCUCUACAUCUCUAUUUCUUUGUUUCUGGGGUUAUAAGCAGACAACAAUGGCUUCCUCAGCUGCCCAGAUUCAUGGUCUUGGUGUUGGUGGUGGGAUUGGUAGCACAUCUUCAAGAAAACCCACCUUUUCUUUUGCACCAAGAUCAGUGUUUUUUGGCCAAAACCUUAGAAAAACCACAGUUACGUUCUUAAAACAUACGAAUAACACUUCAAGAAGAAGGUAUAGUACCGGGCCGGUUAGGAUAGUGAAUGAGAAAGUUGUAGGGAUUGAUCUGGGGACAACCAAUUCGGCGGUGGCGGCGAUGGAAGGAGGGAAACCCACGAUAGUUACAAACGCGGAGGGGCAGAGGACUACCCCAUCUGUUGUGGCGUAUACAAAAAAUGGGGAUAGGCUUGUGGGGCAGAUUGCCAAAAGGCAAGCGGUGGUGAACCCUGAGAAUACCUUCUUUUCGGUGAAGAGGUUUAUUGGGAGGAAGAUGAGUGAAGUAGAUGAAGAGUCUAAACAGGUUUCGUAUAAGGUUGUGAGGGAUGAGAAUGGAAAUGUAAAAUUGGAGUGUCCUGCUAUUGGGAAACAGUUUGCUGCUGAAGAGAUUUCAGCUCAGGUUUUGAGGAAACUUGUGGAUGAUGCUUCAAAAUUCUUGAAUGACAAAGUGACCAAAGCAGUUGUUACUGUGCCUGCGUACUUCAAUGAUUCCCAAAGGACAGCCACAAAGGAUGCUGGUCGCAUUGCUGGGUUGGAAGUUCUUCGAAUCAUCAAUGAACCUACUGCUGCAUCGUUAGCAUAUGGAUUUGAAAGGAAGAGCAACGAAACCAUCCUAGUAUUUGACCUUGGUGGUGGUACUUUUGAUGUUUCAGUGCUUGAGGUUGGUGAUGGAGUGUUUGAAGUUCUUUCUACUUCAGGAGAUACACAUUUGGGGGGUGAUGAUUUCGACAAGAGAGUUGUUGAUUGGCUUGCUGGUAGCUUUAAAAGAGACGAAGGUAUUGAUCUUUUGAAGGAUAAACAAGCACUUCAGCGGCUAACUGAGACAGCCGAGAAAGCUAAGAUGGAGCUGUCUUCUUUGACCCAGACAAACAUCAGUUUACCUUUCAUCACUGCUACUGCAGAUGGCCCCAAGCACAUUGAGACCACCCUGACAAGGGCCAAGUUCGAGGAAUUAUGUUCUGAUCUGCUUGACAGGCUUAAAACUCCAGUUGAGAAUUCCUUGAGGGAUGCCAAACUGUCCUUUAAGGAUCUAGAUGAAGUGAUCCUUGUUGGUGGAUCAACACGUAUUCCAGCUGUACAGGAGCUUGUAAAGAAGUUGACUGGAAAAGACCCCAAUGUCACUGUCAAUCCAGAUGAAGUUGUUGCCCUUGGUGCUGCAGUUCAGGCUGGUGUCUUGGCUGGAGAUGUCAGUGACAUCGUGCUGCUGGAUGUGUCUCCGUUAUCUCUUGGUCUGGAGACUCUAGGAGGGGUUAUGACAAAAAUCAUCCCAAGAAACACUACUCUUCCAACCUCCAAAUCAGAGGUGUUCUCAACUGCUGCUGAUGGACAGACAAGUGUAGAAAUUAAUGUUCUCCAGGGUGAAAGAGAGUUUGUGAGGGACAACAAAUCUCUUGGCAGCUUCCGCCUAGAUGGUAUCCCACCAGCUCCACGAGGAGUUCCUCAAAUCGAAGUGAAAUUUGAUAUUGAUGCCAAUGGUAUUCUCUCCGUCGCUGCUAUUGACAAGGGCACAGGGAAGAAGCAAGACAUCACCAUUACUGGUGCUAGCACCUUACCCAGUGAUGAGGUUGGGAGGAUGGUCAGCGAAGCUGAGAAGUUUGCAAAGGAGGACAAGGAGAAGAGAGAUGCCAUUGACACAAAGAACCAGGCCGAUUCUGUUGUCUACCAGACCGAGAAGCAGCUUAAAGAGCUAGGGGAGAAGGUUCCAGCCCCUGUCAAGGAGAAGGUUGAGGCAAAACUCCAAGAGCUCAAGGAUGCAGUUGCAGGUGGAUCAACUCAAGGGAUGAAGGAUGCCAUGGCUGCCCUUAAUCAAGAAGUCAUGCAACUUGGCCAGUCCCUUUACAAUCAGCCAGGUGCAGCGCCCGGCGCUGGCCCUGCCCCUGGCAGUGAAGCUGGACCCUCAGAUUCAUCAAACAAGGGACCUGACGGGGAUGUCAUCGAUGCAGAUUUCACAGAUAGCAAAUGAGAUGGAGAAACUGUUGGCUGGUUUUUCCCUUCUAUACCAUGAAAAUGUGUAUAAGAAAUUGAUUUUGUAGGGAUUGGGUCUGGUAUUAAGUUGGGUCAAAGUUUCCGGACAUUUUUGCUCUUUCCAAGUGAGAAUCAGGAGUAUAGAGUAUUAAACACCAACCACCACCUUUUAACAGCUAAAAUUUUGGAUGUAUAAGCCUUGCACGUUGCUUAUUGCUUGCUUAGAUUUAGUGUAACAAACUGUUGGUGUACAAGUUUCUAUGUGCAUGCCUAUGUUCUGGGUUCAGAUCUGGUCAGAGUUUAUGGCUGACACUGUUACUUGAUUUUUGCUGCUUCCAUGGAAAUAUAUACUCCAUUGAGGA